AUGAGGUUGAAUGUUGCAGACAUAGACGAGUGUAUCGAGGGAACAUCCGAUUGCAGUGCUGAUGCUGUGUGCAACAAUAUUAAGGGUUCCUACAACUGUACGUGUAAACCAGGAUAUUCUGGAGAUGGACGGACUUGCGAAGAUAUCAACGAAUGUGCUACAGGAAGACAGAACUGCAGUGCUGAUGCUGUGUGUAACAAUACUAAGGGAUCGUACAACUGUACAUGCAAACAAGGAUACUAUGGAGAUGGAAAUAUCUGCCGUUCGGGUUCGACUUGUAAGGAAAUUUUCGACCGGAAUGUAUCGAAAAAUAGUGGCGAGGAUACCCUGCACUUAGACUCAAAGCCAAUGUCUGUUUUCUCUCAAAUGGGAGACUUUGGAUGCGGAGAUGAAGGAUGGACGCCGAUCAUGAAGACUAAUCGCAAUAAGAGAACUUUCCAUUACGAUUCCCAAUUCUGGAGCAACAGAAAUGGUUAUAACUUUGCUGGAGGCAAGACUGGCUUUGACUCACAAGAGACCAAGUUACCAACCUACUGGAGCACACCCUUCUCCAAGAUCUGCCUCGGUAUGAAGAUUGGUCAUCAGCUCAGGUUCAUUGUCAUCAACAGGCACGCCAACUCACUGUUCUCACUGAUCGCUGAUGGGAAAUACCGCGCCACCUCAUUGGGUCGUAACACGUGGAAGUGGCUGAUUGGUUCCCGGGCCUCCCUGCAGCGCAACUGCAAUAAGGAAGGGUUCAAUGCAGUGGGAAGCAAGCCUGGUUAUUCCAAAGCAAGAAUCGGCAUCACUGCUAACCAGCAGAAUCACUGUGGUUCCUGUAACUCCCAAAUUGGUUUUGGCACCGGAGGUCUAUUUAAUGAUUCGAACACGUGUGGAAAUGAGGCAACGCACUCGCCAGAUAAUGGACACAAGCACAUCAAAGCUAUGGGUUACAUCCUGGUACAGUGACA